GCAACUGAUAGCUCACAUUCAAGGGACCUCACCGUGUGUGACUCGAGGAGACAUCCUAACGGCGAGGCUGGGAUACCUGCCAUGAUCGAGCUCACAGGCUUACGUUGCACGGGCUUAGGCAAACACCGUCAUUAUUGCACCAUACAGGCAGGGCGGGAGUCGUUGCGAACGCCCAUCUCGCCGAAGACGAAUCAACCGAUAUGGGACGAUGCCUUCAGCUUCUCGGGCGAAGAUUUGUCUCCCGUGGUCAUCAAGGUUUGGGUGCGGCACGCGAAUCUCCCUGGAUUGAUUCUUCGUCGGGAUACUUUGGUGGGACAAAUCACGGUUGAUCAGCCCAGCGCGGGGCCGACCCAUGUCGCAUCCCGGCCCCUGCAGAUGGACGAUCGUCGCGCUCAACGGUCCAAUGCGUUGAUUUCCUUCGCCCUUGCCCGGUCGAACUCGCUGCCUCCCGUGCCUCCGGCGCCUACUACGAUCGCCGAGCCAAACGAUUCAAAGCCAACCUCUCCAGAAAACGACCGCGACUUGUUCGGAAAAGAUGGUGCAGUGGCUCAAGAAGCGGGACACGCCACAGAGGACGCCGAAGCCAUGGGCCCGGCGUGGCAGGCUGCAGAAACUCUAUCGAAUGCCAUCGAGACUCUUGAAGGAGCAGCAGGGCCUGCCAACGAUACACUUGACAGCUGGACACCCCUGCUGCAGAAAUUGCGGAUUUUUGUGGAAAUAUCGAACGGCCUCUCC